AUGGGGAUUGCAGAACUGGAGGGUUCCAUAAGCACAUUGGCCCAUAGGUCUGGCAUAGGUCACCAAGCUAAUGUUGCUCGUUCCGUCAUAAUCUGCAUUGUGUUAACUUCAGAGGCUGCGCGGCUCAGAUAUGUGGAAGGACUGGUGAUCAGAAGCAUCACGCAGCGCGAAAGCUUUGUUCGGAAUGGUGCCAUGGUCAGCCUCAUACGCCACUACAAGGACAUUUCUGAACAAAUUCAACAGUCCAACCAAGGUGCCUUUACUACGCCACUUGCGUUACAGAGACGAGACUAUUCGCAGUUCACCGUGAGCAGUGUGGCUCCCAUUAUCUCUAGUAUUGGGAUCAUGAUGUUCGUUUGCAAUAAUCCUGGCCCUCGUAGGUCUUCUGAUAAUCAGCUUCUAAGAGAUAUGCCUGUCAAUGCACCAGAACAGAACCAUAGAAGUUCUUAUUGUGUACAUCCAGAGCCCACCGUGGCAGGGUAA